AUGCGUAAUUCUAUCACAGCUUUUGUCCUUGUCGGACUAGCAGUGAAUAUUUAUGUUGGUGUUCAAGGAGUGCCAUUGGCGAAAAGUGUUAGCCAGACAGAAACACGGCAAAUUUUAGAUAUAAAACCUGUUGAAAUACCUGAUUUUAUCAGUACUGACCCGGUUUAUCGAAUUGAUUGCUCUCCAGAUGAAGAUGAAUACCGAAGUUUCUGUCAACAAAAUCUUGCGAAAAAUCGUACUUCAAAUAUUACGUCUGCUUCAUGUACUGCUCGUGGAUGUAUAUAUGAUUCCAAUGCAAUAUCAGGUACUCCUACAUGUUACAUUCCAUUAGAAAAAGGUGGCUAUGAACUGAAAGAAGGACCCAAUCAAAUAUCAAAUGCUAUUACACAGUAUAAACUUGCUCGUCUCCCAACCCCAUCAUCUAAAUUUUCUAUGUUUAAUCAUGAUAUUGAAAAUUUAAAGGUACAAGUUAGUGUAUCUGGUCCUGAAAUGAUUCGCAUGACUAUACGCGAUGACAAUGCAGAACGAUACGAAGUACCUGUUCCUAUCCAAUGGUCACCAUCAGUUCCACCUACAUCUGCUCCACCUAAAAUUCAAUUUCAAAUGACAAAAACUGUUAAUGAACAAGUUGGAUUUCGAGUCUAUCGUACAGAUACACAAUCUAUUCUAUUUGAUACAACAUUUUUUGCUAAUGGCUUUAUCUAUGAUGAUAACUUUCUUCAAAUUGUAACAACUAUCCCAUCAAAAAAUGCUUAUGGUUUUGGUGAAAAUGGUCAUAAUUCAUUUCAACAUAUCUUAAAAGGGUCACAACGUUAUGGAAUUUUUGCAAGAGAUCAAUGGACAUUAGGAGAAAAUGAAAACUCAUAUGGUACUCAUCCAUUCUAUAUGGUUAUUGAACCUAAUGGACAAACUUUUGGUGUAUGGAUCUUCAAUUCUAAUGCUCAAGAUUAUAAAUUCGAUGAAUUUGAUGUUGAUAAAGCGAUGCUGACAUAUCGAACAAUCGGUGGCAUUUUGGACAUAUUCUUUUUUGCAGGAUCAACACCCGAAAUGGUCAUUCGACAAUAUCAAUCGGUGAUUGGCAAACCAUAUUUUCCACCUUAUUGGGCAUUCGGAUUUCAAUUAUGUCGAUAUGGUUAUGAUACACUCGAUAAUAUGAAAGCAGCUAUGCAUCGAACACUUAAUGCAAGUAUUCCUAUUGAUGUUCACUAUGGUGAUAUUGACUAUUUUCAUAAUCGACUCGAUUUUACUUUUGAUCCAAUUAAUUUUAAAGAUAUACCUGAAUAUAUUGAUUGGUUACAUGCUAAUGGUAUGAAAUUUAUUACAAUGCUUGAUCCAGCUAUUGAUACAGAAGCAAAAGAUUAUCCAGUUUACACAGAAGGACAAAAAGCGGAUAUUUGGAUGAAAUGGCCAGAACGUCGAAAUUUGCAAUUUCAUGAAACAAACGACCGAAAAAUUCUUGGUUAUGUAUGGCCAGAUGGUAAAACAGCAUUUCCUGACUUUUUCUAUCCACCCACAAGUGAUUGGUGGAGAACUCAAAUUCUUGAGUAUCAUAAUAAAAUUAAAUUUGAUGGAAUUUGGAUUGAUAUGAAUGAACCAGCUAAUUUUGAUACAAAUAAAGGAACACCAUGGAAUUAUGUUUACAAUCAUAAUGGAAAUAAUGUAACAUGGAAUCUUACAUGUCCUAUUGAAGAUGAAAUUUUAGAGAAUCCACCAUAUAAAACAGCCAUAUGUGGUGAUUAUAUUUCAGAUAAAACUUUAUGUAUGAUUGCUGAACUAACAGAUGGUAAAGGAAAGAUAUAUAAUCAUUAUGAUGUACAUAAUUUAUAUGGAUGGUCCGAGACAGUAGCUACAGUACCAGUUUCUCGUGCUCUUGACAAUAAACGAUCAAUUGUUAUUAGUCGAUCAACAUUUGCAACAUCAGGUUCUAUUAGUGGUCAUUGGUUAGGUGAUAAUACUGCCGAUUGGAAACAUCUCAAAUAUAAUAUUAUUGGAAUGUUAGAGAUGAAUUUAUUUGGUAUUCCUUAUGUUGGUGCUGAUAUUUGUGGUUUCUUUGCAAAUACAACCGAACAGAUGUGUCAACGAUGGAUGCAAUUAGGUGCGUUCAAUCCUUUCUUUCGAAAUCACAAUGGCUACAAGUAUGGAAAUGAUGGACCAAAGUUUAUUGAUCAAGAUCCCGGAGUAUUUCAAGAAUCCGUGGUCACAUCGAAUCGUCAUGCUGUUGAAUUACGAUACACUCUCAUUCCAUAUUUAUAUACAUUAUUUCAUCGAGUUCAUGUUUCUGGUGGUACUGUUGUACGUUCGAUGGCUCAUGUAUUUCCUACGAUUGCUGAAUGUUGGGCACUUGAUGAACAAUUUCUAUGGGAUUCAUCGUUACUUAUUGCUCCAGUUAUUUACGAAAAUCAUGUCAAUAAAUCUGUCUAUUUACCAACAACUGAACGAUGGUUUGAUUAUUAUACUGGUGAAGAAAUAAAAACACUUGGUCAACUAACUGUACCAGCACCAUUAGAUUUUAUUCCAUUGUAUUUACGUGGUGGUGCUAUUAUACCUCAUCAACAAUCAGCUAUGAAUACAGUCGCAUCACGUAAGAAACCUUUAUUUUUAAUUGUAGUAUUGGAUAAGAAUCAAUAUGCUGAAGGAAAUUUAUUUUUCGAUGAUGGAGAAUCUAUUGAUACUUAUGAAAGAUCUGUUUAUAAUUAUUUUAUAUUUAAUUACAACUUACAACGUUUAACAAUUGAACCAUGGACAUAUAAUUAUCCACAAAUGGGUAAUGAUAUUAAAUUAGAAGAUAUCACAAUUUAUGGUAUGGAUAAAGCACCCACGAAAGUUAUGUGGAAUGGACAAGAUUUAGUAAUGUCAACUCAAUGGACAUUUGACUCGACGAAGAAUAUCUUACGUAUGACAAAACUCGAAUUGAAUGUGGCUAAAAUACAUAAAUUCAAUUUCGUUUAA